CACCGAAAUAUUCCUCCAGCGACAUUCGCUAUUUAACCAAAUUUAAUGGACGUGAGUACAAGAACCGUGAAUUGAUUGGAAUAAACGUGAACGUUCGAGAGACUGUGCGUUCUACCAAGGAAUCUUCCAGUAGUCCUUAACGAAGAUGAGCGAGCUCGUUUGGGCGAUAAAAAAUGGUGAUUUGGAGCAAGUGUGGGAUAUCGUUGAGAAUAAGAAUAUUGACGUUAAUCAAAUGAUCGACGGAAGACCACCUCUGCAUUAUGCAGCUGACUAUGGCCAAAGCGAAGUGGUCAAAUACCUUUUGGAAAAGGGUGCAAAUGCAAAUGCUACAGACAAGCAUGGUAUAACAACAUUAUUAGCAGCAAUUUGGGAAGGACAUACGCAUUGUGUAAAAUUAUUGUUAGAAAAAGGAGCUAAACCAGAUGGAUUAACGCCAAAUGGAGCCAGUUACUUGGAAGCUGCAGAGAAAGAAGAAAUCAAACAGCUGCUUAAACUUUACUAGCACAAAGCCAAACAACAUACAGAGCGAUAAUUUUUUUAUUUUAGUAUUUUAAUGUUCCUCAUAGGAGUAUCACGAUUGCUUUGUCUUAAUUUCUUGCAUAUGACUAGACUAUCAUAUUUAUGCACUUUAAAUUAAAAGAAUAUAGAUACACAAAUGUCAUUUUAUAAUAAUAUAUUGCACAUCUGGAGCAUAUAAUCAUCAACUCAUAUUCUUAUGUGGUUAUUCUUAGGGAUGCGAAAUACGUAUAAUUUCAGCUUUAAAGUAGCGUAUCGUACAGGUUCUUCUAUACAACCGACAGGAACAAAUUUAUUUUUAAAGCAUGUAACUACAUAUAGCAAAAGAUAUUUUGAUACAUUCGUAAGAAGCAGCAUCGUAGUUUAAAUAUUUGUUAUUAAUUUAUGAAUGUUACGAAUUCUUUUUAUACAUUUUUUUAUAAACUACAAUUAAAACAAUAAUUCAGCUUUAAUUUUAAUUUUUUUACAAGGAAAUUAUAAAUAUACAAAAUAUUCAUUACUAGAUUCGAGAAGUACAUAUAUAAUUUAACUGAUUUUCAAAGAAGACAUGUAUAAAUUAUAGAAUGAGAUUAAAAAGCUAUCUUUAUGGUACUAAUUACCUGACAUGUCGCAAGAGGUUUUAAAGGUGUACAAUAAUCAAAAAUAAUAAGCCAAUGCAUUAUUGUUAUGUA